AUGCUAUUAUUAGUUCUGAUCCUGGUGAUAACGCUGGCCCUGGUGGCGCCGCAAUUGGUUUCGAAUCUGCGCGACAUCGGUACUGUCGCGCUGGAAAAACAGGCGUCGGUCAGCCCCACGAAAAAGCCCGGCGAGUCUGCCGUAUACCGCUCCGUCGACGUGCCGCACGGCCUGCCGUUGACCACGGGGCUGCGCAUUCAGACAGGCUACAAAAUCAGGGACGGCAUUCUCAAGGAUAUCUGGCACCAGGCACUGCAGACAGACACAGUUCUCGAAAUUGGCGGCGCAAGGCGCUCGAUUCGCCAAGUAAAUGGCAUGAUUUUGCAUCUGGCCCAGCAGAUGGACCAGCACAACGUGGGCCCGCGCGUGGGGCUCAAUUCGGGCCUCGACGACCUGCACGCACUCGUGGUGCUCUUCUGCUGCUUUUUCGUGUGCGACAGGACCGUUGUUGUGGGAGAAAACCCGGACGUCGACGUGCUAUUUACGAGGAAGACGGCCGGCUCUGCAGCCAACGUCGUGGACCUAGACGACCCGACGUAUUUUGUUGAGCGUCCUGAAACGGCAGAGUAUGCGUACAGUCCCCUCAAAGACUACACGCGCUUCAACAAUGAGCCCUACAUCGAGCUGAUUGACGGCACAGAAUACCGGUAUUUCCAGCGCAGCUUUGUUUCCGCAGUCGCAUCGCAGCUGAUGUCGCUGUCGACGGCGUUUUCGUGGUCGACCCGCGACAGACUGCUUGUGGUUCCGGGAAACAGAAACAACGCGCUAGUCAAGAUCCUGUGCGGGCUGCUGACGGGCGUCGAGCUGAUCACCGUCGCGGCCGACGCGCCGAUCGACGCUCUCGUGAGCAGCCAGCCGACCAUCGUCUCUGCUCCGAGCGCGUGGCUACAGCCGCUUGUGGACGUGCGGCCGUCCCUGCUGCGUGCACUGCUGCUCAACCGUGCCGAAUUCCUCAACUCUCAUGGCAUUUUCAACCCGCUAGGCAAACUGUAUGCCACCAGACUGCGUCUGGUGUAUCUCCAGGACUCAAUUUUCACGUCGGCACAAUACAACAAGCUCAAAAGCGUGCUGCAUGCCCGGAUCGUCAAGGAGACGGAUAUCCGUGGCUCCAUGGGCCCCCUGCUCAAAACGAACCUGUUUGAGUACCGUCUGCUGGGCCAGAACCAGCUGGGCGUGCCGGCAAACUCUGUGGAGCUUAAGACUCGCGACGGCCGGCUCUACGCGCGCGGGUUCGUGCUCGCAAAGCACGACGCCAUGCAGGUCGACGAGGAGAUGUGGACUGACACCGGGCUGCGCGGUUUUUUCGCCACAGACGGGUGUUUUUACGCUAGCUAG